UUAAACUUAGGUUGUACCUGUAAAAUUUUAAAUUUUCAGUAAAAAUUGACAGAAAAAUGGGCCCAGUAAGCUGUGAUACGUUCGUGGUUUUACCUUCUCACACUCGCUGUGAUACAAUGAUCUUUGGAAAAAAUUCCGAUCGUCCUCAAGGAGAAGUACAAGAGGUUGUUUACAUCCCUGGUAAACGAAAUUCAGAAUCCGAACAACUCCAGGUCACCUAUAUAGAAAUACCUCAAGUGAAAAAUACUCGAGCUGUAAUCCUGAGUAAACCAGCUUGGAUGUGGGGAGCAGAAAUGGGAGCUAACGAUUUAGGAGUAAUUAUCGGUAACGAGGCUGUUUACACUAAACUCGAAUCUGACAAAGAUAGAGAAGAAAAAUUACUCGGAAUGGAUCUAGUAAGACUCGGACUCGAAAGAGGUUACUCAGCUGAACACGCUUUAGAUACGAUUACAAAUUUACUAGAAACUCACGGUCAAGGAGGACCUUGCUCAGACACAGAUCCAGAUUUCACUUACCAUAACUCGUUUUUAAUUUGCGAUUCGAAAGAAGCCUGGGUAUUGGAAACUGCCGGUCAUUUAUGGGCUGCUGAAAAAAUCACUGAGGGAUUCAGAAACAUAUCCAACUGUCUAUCGAUCACCACAAAUAUCGAUAAAAUGGCUCCAAAUCUGAAAGAAUACUGCGUUGAAAAGAAAUUAUGGACUGGACUCGGUGAAUUCAAUUUCAAAAAAAUCAUCGGCUCUGGUGGAGACAAUGAUCGAUACAUAAAUGGUCGAAAACUAUUACAAGAACUUUCCACUAGUCAGAAAUUCACUGUAGAGGAUAUGAUGAAAGUCCUACGAGAUAAACCAUCUGGUAUCAAUCGUUCGUACAAUGAUCCUUUCGCCACAGCAGCAUCCCAAAUUUCAGUUAUAUCGAAAUUUUCUAAUAAAUUCAACUGUCAUUAUUUCACCGCCACCCCAGAUCCGAGUAUAUCGUUAUUUAAACCGUUCCUAUUCGCUAAUGGAAAUUCUAACUGUGAUUUAACCACCAGUCCGAGUUACGAACAAGAUCCAGCUAAAAGCAUUCCCAGGUUUAAAUUCAGAGUCGACAGAGCUCAUGCUUUGUAUUCCAAGCAUCGAGAUGCUGUUAAAUCUAAUAAAAUAACUCAUCAGUUGUUGAACGAGGUAAGGAAAUUCGAAAAGGAUCAAAUCACCGAAUUGGAUUCUCUUCUGCUUCAGUACUCUCGUGAAUUUGAUCCGAAUCUCAUCAAUCGAGUUUUCGAACAAAGUGUCCAAAAAGAAAUUUCAUUUUACGAAUGAAGGAUUUUUCAUUUGUUUCGCAUUUAAUUAUUCAUUCUACUUGUUACCAUUUUUAUGUGAUUUUUUUCAUGUUCGCUUUAUCGAUUAAAAUUAAUUACGAGAUGUUUACAAAA